AUGUCCACACUCAAGCGUAAGGCCGGCACGCUGUCCGCCUCUGACAGCAAGAAGCCCAAGCAAGAUGGGAGCAUCAUGUCCUUCUUCGGGGCCCCGAAGGCGGCGGCCGGCAACAAAGGGGGUCCCACCUCAGCAGCGGCCGCUCCCGAGGCGCCUGCGGUCAACUUCGACAAGGCCAAGUGGGUCGCCGGUCUGACGGCCGAGCAGAAGGAGCUGCUGCAGCUCGAGAUCAGCUCAUUGCACGAGAGCUGGCUGGCGUUGCUCAAGGACGAGGUCACCAGCAAGGAGUUUCUGGACCUCAAGCGCUUCCUGAACAGGGAGUCGGAUGCCGGGAAGAAAUGGUUUCCCCCAAAGGAGGAUGUGUACUCAUGGUCUCGUCACACCCCUUUCAACACUGUCAAGGUCGUCAUUCUCGGCCAAGAUCCCUACCACAAUGUCAACCAAGCCCAUGGCCUCGCCUUCUCCGUCCGCCCACCCACACCCGCCCCUCCUUCUCUCAAGAACAUGUACAUCGCUCUCAAGAAAGACUACCCGACCUUCUCGCCACCGCCCAACAAGGGCGGCCUUCUGACCCCCUGGGCAGAUCGCGGCGUCCUGCUUCUCAAUGCUUGCUUGACCGUACGGGCCCACGAAGCCAAUUCCCAUGCCAACCGCGGCUGGGAGCGGUUCACCCAAAAGGUCAUUGAUCUCGUCGCCGCGAAGCGAUCGCGGGGCGUCGUCUUCUUGGCAUGGGGCACCCCUGCCGGCAAGCGUGUCGUCAAGGUCGACGCCAAGAAGCACAUGGUCCUCAAGAGCGUGCACCCCAGCCCACUCAGCGCUUCGAGAGGAUUCUUCGACUGCGGGCAUUUCAAAAAGGCAAACGAGUGGCUCGUCACCCGGUACGGCGCUGGCGCCGAGAUUGACUGGGAUUUGAGCGGAGCGAAGAAGGUUGAGACGAAGGUCGCGGAGACCAAGACCAAGACGGUCGACGUUGAUGAGGAUGAAGAGGCGGAAAUGGCUGCGGUUGCGGCGGAGGCUGAAAAGGAGAAUGCGGUCAAGGCUUCUCCCGAGGAGUCUCCCAAAGAAGACGAGGAGGCGUAA